UUGCCUAUAUAUAUAUACCCACCUCCAUGGACACUCCAUCUAUAUAUCCCUUCAUUUUAAUCCCUGAAAAGCGAGCUAGCUGAGCCUUUUUUCUUCUCCUCAUCACAAUCUUUAACUCUUCUUGCCCCACUCCUCACCUAACCCCUAAAGCAUUAAUGCACAAUGGCCAUCAAAGAGAAUCCUCCUGCAAGGCUUCCAAAUGGUGAUGAUGAAGAGCAAUUUGGUAAUGGAAAUUCCUCCUCUAAGUUUUCAUUACAAGACGACUGUGAUGAUAACUGUGUCGCCGUAGAUGAUGAUGAUGAUGAAGCAGAAGCUGCUGGAAAUGAAUCACAAAGCUCCAUGGUCAGGAGCUUGUAUUGGGAAUCACAAGAGGCCUUGCUUCAGGAAAUUCUGGAGAAUUACAAGUUGAGUGGCACAAAAGUACGAGAAGGUAUAUACAAAAUCAUAGAAAGGGUUACCACAACAAAUAAUUGUUGUGAAUGCCCUCUUCCAAGAUUGGAGAGUUGUGCCAAGUGUUUGAGGCUUAGAGCUGUGAAUGAGCUCCGCAACAAGGGAUUCACUGCAACCCUUUGUACAUCCAAGUGGAAUCAAACAGAGAAAAAGCUCGGAGGAAGACAUGAAUACAUAGAAGUGAUGGUGAGCACACAAGGGAGGAAGAAGCAAGUUCCAUUGGUGAUAGAGUUGAACUUGAGAGAUGAGUUCAAGAUGGGAAAAUCAUGUGAAGAGUAUUGCAGAAUGGUAGAGCAAUUGCCACAAGUGUACAUUGGCAAAGGUGAGUACUUGAAUGCGAUUGUGCGUGCAGUGUGUGAUGCUGCCAAGAAAUCAGCGUCGGAGCAAAGGAUUCACAUGGGGCCCUGGAGAAAGACCAACUUUAUGCUUAUGAAAUGGUCACCGGCGGCUUCGGUUGAAAAGACUACUUCACUCGGCGCCGCCCAUCAAUCUUCGUCCACUCAACUUGUAAUAAUGUCGCCAAGACAAUGGCACCCAAGUAUUACAUCCGGGCUACAACCUGUCACCGGAACAACUGUGAAAGUUGCAUAGAUCAUCACAUAUAUUUUGAUAUAAUAAUAAUAAUAAUAAUAAUAAUAAUAAUAAUAUUAUUAUUAUAAAAGUAAUGAUUAGAUGCAAGUCUCAAGUGGUAGAAGUGUAGAACUAAGACUCUUAGUAAGAACACAAAGUCAUUAGUUUUUUGGUAUAACACAGAGUUUUCAGUGUCACUCUGUGAGUGAUUUUGUUAAAUUGUAAGCACUUCGAAAGUGGAUACUAGACUUGAGAUUUUAGGUUGACCCAGAGUCACUAGUUGAAUCUGCGGUCAAUGUUCCAAGUUGAGUGCAUUUUUCUCAUAUUGUUACUAAGAAAUGCUUAAUUUUCCAACUAGUCUUUUAAUUA